UUUAAAGGGGCUGCAGCCACAUUGGGAGGAGCCAGAAAGAGGGCUGUUUUUUCUCCCCUCCUUUAGACUUUGGGAUCGCAGCAACCACCGUGGUCUUUGUUGGGGGGCGGGUAAAAGCGAGUCUUAAGCGCAUGCGCGCGCCCCCAUCCUGUGAGCCUAAGAAGGCAGAAAAAGCAGCAGUGUGAUAGCUCGGUCUCCUGCCAGUGGGAUCACGUGAGCCCAGACUGCCUUGCUUGUAUCUGCAGCUGUAGGUGCCGCUGAGCAGACUGUUUCGGCUGCUGCUAUGAGGUGAGAUUGUAGCUGAAAGAAUAUGUCCACGAUGGUAUACCCCAGGGAGGAGAAGAUGGAUAAACUGAGCCAGGAGGAAAUCAUCUCCAACACCAAACUCGUGAUGCAGGGACUAGAGGCCCUGAAGAAUGAACAUAAUUCAAUCUUGCACAGCCUGCUAGAAACUAUCAAGUGUCUGAAGAAGGAUGAGGAAGCCAACCUAGUGCACGAGAAAGCCAACCUGCUACGCAAGUCUGUGGAAAUGAUCGAGCUGGGGCUUGGUGAGGCUCAGGUGAUGAUGGCUCUGUCAAAUCAUCUGAAUGCAGUGGAGUCAGAGAAGCAGAAACUGCGGGCUCAAGUGCGGAGGCUGUGCCAGGAGAACCAGUGGCUGCGGGAUGAGCUGGCUAACACCCAGCAGAAGCUGCAGCGCAGUGAACAAACAGUGGCACAGCUUGAGGAAGAAAAGAAGCAUCUGGAGUUCAUGAACCAGCUAAAAAAAUACGAUGAGGAUGUGUCCCCAUCGGAGGAGAAGGAAGGUGACUCCACAAAGGAUUCCCUGGAUGAUUUGUUUCCAAACGAAGAGGAAGAUCAGGGCCAAGGCUUGCCACAUCAACACAGCAGUGCAGUAGCAGCUGCCCAGCAAGGAGGCUACGAGAUUCCAGCACGUCUGCGCACGCUCCAUAACUUAGUGAUCCAGUAUGCUUCACAAGGGCGCUAUGAAGUGGCUGUGCCUCUUUGCAAGCAGGCUCUGGAAGACCUGGAGAAGACUUCAGGCCAUGAUCACCCUGAUGUGGCCACAAUGCUGAACAUUCUGGCUUUAGUGUACAGGGAUCAGAACAAAUACAAAGAGGCAGCUCACCUGCUGAAUGAUGCACUAUCUAUUAGGGAGAAGACGCUUGGCAAAGAUCACCCUGCAGUGGCAGCAACCCUGAACAACCUGGCUGUUCUCUAUGGCAAAAGAGGGAAAUACAAAGAGGCAGAACCUUUAUGCAAGCGAGCACUGGAGAUUCGUGAAAAGGUUCUAGGCAAAGAUCACCCAGAUGUGGCCAAACAGUUGAAUAAUCUGGCACUUCUGUGCCAAAAUCAGGGCAAGUAUGAAGAGGUGGAAUAUUACUAUCGCCGAGCACUAGAAAUUUACGAGUCCCGCCUGGGUCCUGAUGAUCCAAAUGUUGCCAAAACGAAGAACAACCUGGCCUCCUGCUAUCUGAAACAAGGCAAAUAUAAGGAUGCAGAGGUCCUCUACAAAGAGAUUCUCACCCGAGCCCAUGUGAAGGAAUUUGGAUCUGUGGAUGAUGAACACAAGCCUAUAUGGAUGCAUGCAGAAGAAAGAGAAGAGAUGAGCAAGAGCAAGCACAGAGACAACACCCCUUAUGCAGAGUAUGGUGGCUGGUACAAAGCCUGUAAAGUUAGCAGCCCCACUGUGAACACCACUCUGAGGAACCUGGGUGCAUUAUACAGGCGUCAGGGCAAACUGGAAGCUGCAGAAACUUUAGAGGAAUGUGCUGUACGGUCACGGAGACAAGGAAUUGACCCCAUUAACCAGACCAAGGUGGUAGAGAUUCUGAAAGAGGGCGACGGCUCUGAGAGGAGGAGGAGCCGAGACAGUCUGGGAGGCAACGUCAAAUAUGAGAAUGCCACAGAUGGUAGCGAGGAAGCUUAAAUGCCUCCUGAGACUCCUCUUCCCCCUUCCCCCUCCACCGCAAUCACCUGGAUGCUUAUGCUGUACCUUCCGACUCUUUCCUCCAAUCCACCCCCCUCCUUCCGUUGUUCCUGCUGUCCUCGGCAAAGGACUCAACGCCAGUCCCCCCAAUCUUCCAUCUCAGUGAGCAUCGAGAAGCAGAGCAGAGGAGUGUCCUGCAGAGGUGUGUCCAGCUUGCAGCACACGGCUCCACUAUUGUAUCAACCAGCAAGAUAACAAGAAGAAUCUCCAUGGAGCUGCCUCCCCCCACCCCUGUCAGGGCCAGACUUCAGCAAGACUCCUCUUGGCCUCCUUCUGGUUUCUUACAUGGGGCAACUUAAGAACACAUUCAGUGUUUUCCAAUUGCCUUCUAAUAUUAUGGAGUUUGCUGUCUCUGUUUGAGUUCUCCAUCCCCUUCUUGGCCUUCCGCCAUUCUUUCAUUCUUUCCCCUGCUGGUAGAGCAGAGGGUAGGGAGUUAGUAGACACUGAGAUGUAUGUGUGUCCUCUGAACUGCCUCAGAUUGUGGAGAACGAGGUAGAAGGGUUGGGUGAGCUGUGCUCUGUUUUAUCUUUCUCACUAUCUGUUCAAAUGUUGUAUUUCUUAUGUCCAUGGCUGCUACUUGAGGCUGUCUUACUCCCUUUCAUAGUGGUGGGGUGAGGCCUGUACCGAUGAAGAGGGAAGCAGCUCUGUUCCUUUUGGUAGCUGGAAUCUAUUCUGUUACCCCAGGAUGAACACAAUGGGGAAUAUCAGAACAAUAAAGAGACUGAGGGAUGUGUUGAGCCAAAAGAUGAAGAGUCAGCAGACAUGAACUGUUGUCUCCUGGCUGAGACCUUUACUUUUGUUGAGCUGACUAUGAUCCACCUCUGAGACAGAAUGGGAGAGGUGGGAGUAGGCUAUAGUUGCAAGGGCCAUCUUGAGGUAAGUUUUUUGUAUAAUAUAUCCUGUUCUGUCCUUGCUGAUGAGGCUUUGCUCUGGACCAGCUCUUCCUAUAGCACUUCAGAGUACUGGCAUUUCAGAAGAAAAUAUCUCUCUGACUAUGAACAGGAAAUGUUUCCUUGUACAGUUCCUUUCUUCACAAGAGGGGGAGUAAUUGGAGGCAAAAAUGGCUUGACUGCCAUCAGUUUGUCUGCUGCUUCUCUCCCAUAUGUAAGGAGGAAGCAGCUGCAUCUUUACAUCUUUUAAUUUAUUGUCAUGAAUGUAUGUUUUUUUUAAUCAUGCUGUUACUCAACAGUAGAGAUUGCAAGGACCUGGCUGAAUGCCAUAAAACUAACACAGAGAACAUUGGUGUGUGUUUACCAGUUAAGGUAGCAAAUGCAGCUACUGCUUAUUUAGAAGCAUGGCAAGUGAGUCAGAACUGUAUGUCCUACACAAAUAGGAUGAAAACUAAGAUUGUUGUGUGCAAGAGAGUGCAGGACACAGACCAGAAGUGAGAGAAGGUCCCAAUAUCAAUUGCUGGGCCUCUCAGAGAGGGGAGGCUAUGGCUCAGUAGAAGAGCAUCUGCUUUGCAUGCAGAACAUCCCGGGCACAGCCCCCUCCGUAUUAACAGUGAAUGGGGUUAGAUAGCUGGCGAUGUGAAAGACCUUCCACCGGAGAUUCUGGAGAGCUGCUGCCGGAGUUGACAGUAGUGACCUUGAUACAGCAACAGCCUGACUCGGUAUAAGGCAGCUUCAUGUGAGUUUGUGUGGGUAAAAAAAUUAUUUAGGAUGUGCAAGUUUAUAGUGGGAUAGAAGUGUUAUGAGGGACAGUAGGAGUCAUGUCAGUGAAUGCAUGAGGGCUUGGAUUUGUAGUGAAGCUGAGAGUGGGGCCUUGAGGAAAGAGGAAGAGUGAGUGUUCCCUCAAGAAGUUAGGGCACAGGGUGGGGCUUACAGGGUGUGGUGGAAAUAUUUCUGUGGGGUAGGGAUUUAAAGUUAGAACAUGACUGCAUACACUAGGCUAGAAGCUGUUAGGUGGGAGGCAAAAUAUCAAGAUGCCAAUUAGAAGAGAGUUGUUGGGUUUGUGUUUGUGCAACAGAAUAGUAAAAUCAAGUUGGAGAAGCCUAAGGAUGUGUUGGUAAAAGUCUGCUAGUAUGUAGGUCUAGUGGUGCCUGGAGAAAACUGGAUGUUGGGAUUUUUGGGGCUGUGAAUCUGGUUUUUAAAGUGGAACAGUUCAUUUUUUUGCUUGCCCUAGUACCUAGUGGCCAAUAUAAGGCUCCUUACAUUUCUGAGGGGUGAUCUGGUGCUUCCCCUCCCCCCUUCUCCUGGGCUAGCAGGAAACUUCCCUCCACCACUUAUACCAUGCACAGUUUUUUGGUGUCUGUGUUGGAGUUCUGUGGCUUGGGGUGGGGUGGGGGGAGACAUGGUAUGUUUAUCUCUUAAAGUUAGGGGUAGGUGUUAGGUAGGAUGUGUGUACCUUUUCGCUUAAGGCGUCCAUUAACUACUGGAAGCCAGAACUGAGUAACAAGAGUGUACUAUUAUCACCCUCUGCUGUUCCUUCAGUGCUGGAAAUAAGGUACCAGGAUGGGCCGUUGGUCUGAUCCAGAAGGGAUGUUCACAAGUAGAAGUGUGAGGUGGGAUAGUUUGAAGACUCUGGACCUAAAUACCGGUUUUGGUUCCUUUUCAGGGACCUGCUGUAGCUGUAGUGGAGCUUUUUGCUUCACCUGCAUGCUUUAGCAAAUGGCUUGUUUGUGCAUGCCUGGGGCUGGGAGGCAGGUAGGAGGAUGUAAUAUGGGAUGUCAUUGGUAAGAACCUGGUAGUUUGCUCUCUCUGGUGGGUUUUGUCCUACAUAAAUGGUGAAGUAGUGCCAAUCCCAGGAUGCUAUGAAGAAGCCUCUGGAGUUUGUCCUGGAAAGUUGCUCUCGCUGCCUCCCUCAGAACACUUCCUCAGCUGUCUGCCCAGCUCUGCAUUCUGCCUUGCACUGGGCUAUCCACAGGCAUUUUAAUAGCACUGGGGCAGGGGAAAAUUUGAAAGUAUGAUGUAUUCUCUGCCUUUGAUACAUACUUGGUGCUUUCUUUUAUGUUGUGAACUAAUUUACCUCCAAUUAAAGGCAGAAGACCCUGAA